AGACACAAUCCAUCUGAUUCAAGCUUCGGCACACUAACCAUGGCUGCUGCCAUUUCGCUCGCUUCCAGCCCGACAGUCGUGCCAGCUCUGGCGGGAGCAUCGGGAACGGAGGAGCGUUCGACACGAGCCCUAAGACAGGCUUGCAGCCGCUCCCUGGGCCCCAGGCCCGCCCGGUCGCUGGCAGUGCAUGCGUCGGAGAGUGAAGAGCUGAGAGGCGCGACCCACGGCGGUAGCGGCACGGACACGAGCGGUCGCCGAGGCUUCUGCGCCGCCGUUUCCGCUGCCUCCGCCGCUGCCCUUUUGAGCUCCACGAGUGGCGCAGAGGCGGCCUCCACUAGUCGCAGAGCGAAUCGCGGGGCGCGCAUACCAGAGGAGGAGUACACAACGCUGCCCUCGGGACUCAAGAUCUAUGACAUCAAUGUGGGCACGGGACCCUUGGCCAAGCUGGGAGACCGAGUCACGGUGCACUACGUGGCGCGGUGGAAGGGCAUCACGUUCAUGACCAGCCGCCAGGGCAUGGGCGUCACGGGGGGCACGCCGUACGGCUUUGACCUGGGCUCCAGCAGCCUGGGCAUGGUGCUCAAAGGGCUGGACAUCGGUGUGGAGGGCAUGCGCGCAGGGGGCGUCCGUGAAAUGAUUGUUCCUCCGGAGCUGGCAUACGGCAACCGGGGCAUUCAAGAGAUUCCCCCCAACGCCACGCUUCAGAUGAAUGUGGAGCUCUUGUCAGUGAAACAGAAUGCCUUCGGCACACCUGUGAAGCUUAUAGAAGGAUGAGGUCCGUCCGUGCGUGGUUCCACGUGGUGGUGGUGCCACAAUGCCAGAUCCUCCAUCAUACAUUCUGUAUGGCAACAUUGACGCUCAACCUUUCCUAGGUAUAAAUGCAUUUCCAUGCGUCCAAUAAGACAGUAUUUAUCUGUUUCAGAUGGUAAAUAUUACAUUCUGGCGUGGCUGUAACAACCUGGACGGAUGCAUGCUAACUAGCAAUACGAUGUGAAACCAUGUUUCACCAUGCGUGU